AGGCCGUCUUACUGUGGGGAAAAAUGGCGACCACGCUACACGUUUGUAAAGGCACGCCUACCGAAACGUUAUUUAAUGAUUUUCAAACAUUAAAUAAACUGAACAAAGAUCAAUUUUGUCGUCUAACAGAUAUUGUGUUACAGUUUUUAACGUCAAAACAACAAUCGCAGUUGUUAGACAAGUUAGAAGCCUACUGCAAUGAGGAAAGCCUUAACUUGGCAGGUUUGAAGAAUAUAAUCAAGAGUUUCCUGUUUGUACCCAAAGAAGCCAUCAAGAAAGGAAUAUCAGUGGCACAAUUGAGAGAAGAUCUACAAAAAUUGGGUCUAAACGAAGACAAGAUCGAUUAUUUGGCUAAUAAAUGGAAUAAAGAUUAUUCAGAAAUAGCAAAGAUGCAUUUGAAUGAAUUGGUAAUGGUUAAUCGUUUAGUGGACAUGGAGUGGAAAUUUGGAGUUACUGCAGCUAGUAGUGAAUUAAAUAAAGUUGGAAACACUUUUCUACAGUUGAAAUUGGUUAUCGAUCAAGGGAACAAUAGAUUACAGAAUGUAUAUCUGGAGCUUUCGCUGUCACAGUUCUAUUCCUUUUUGCACGAAAUGGAGAGAGCGAGGGCAAGUUUAGAAUAUUUGAGUUAGAACGGCGGUCCUGCAAAUGGCUGUAAGGUUCCAAAUUUCAUAUCAGUAAAUUUCAUUGAUGAUUUGAAAGGAUGAUAGAUUACAGAAUGUGUAUCUGGAGCUUUCUGUGUUGCGAUUUUAUUCCUUUUUGCACAAAAUGGAGAGAGCAAGGUUAGGAUGAAUUAGAAUUGUGGUCGUGCAAAUGGAUGUGUGAUUCCAAAUUUCAUGUUAAAUUUCAUCGAUGAUUGAAGAGGGUUGCUAGAUUUGGAAGCGGGACAAUUGAUACUUUAUAACCUGUGUGAUUCAAUCGUUAUUAUUUCAAAGCAUUGCAAGUUAUAUUUGUUGAUUAAUUGGAAGAAAACUAAAUGAAUUAACAUCUAAUUGUGUUUGUAAGAAGCGUAAAGAUUAAAAUUCUUUCAAGCAAUUACUUUGAUUUACUAAUUGCAAUUUUAAUUAAUGAAUUAUGCAAGUCGACAGAUUAUUCAUCCAUGAUUACUCGUAACCGAAUAUAUAAGUGAUGAUGAUUAAAAUCUUUACAUGCUUGAAAGUUUAUUUUGCAAAUAUUUAUUAUUAUUUUUUUACUUGAUUAUAAAGUGAAAAAGUGUAAAAGAUCAUGUAACUCAUAAGAACAAUAAAU